AUGUUGUGGGGUAAAAAGACCGAGACUACUACCACUACGAACACUUCGGAGGUGGUGGGGACCAUUCCAUUGACUCCAGAACUGUCCCGGGCUGGUGCAGUAGUGAGAUCGUCGUUGGUAAACCCGGCAGAGUAUUUUCAGAAGUAUGGAUUUCCUGGACCAGUGCACGAUAUUGCCAGCAGAGAACAGUUUAUUAGUUGUUAUGACCGUAAAACUCGCAAUCCAGCAUGGGUAAUUGAACAUAUUACGGGACAGUCUUUAAAGGUUCGAGACGGAGAUCGUGGUUCGAGCAUUUUUAAGGAGGAUACUGCAGUACCAGCUCUAUUCCGCGGUCAGUUACGAGACUAUUUCCGCAGUGGUUACGACCGUGGCCAUCAGGCUCCAGCUGCUGAUGCUAAAUUUUCUCAAAAUGCCAUGGAUGAGACCUUUUUUCUUACUAAUAUGUGUCCUCAAGUGGGUGAUGGGUUCAAUCGUGACUAUUGGGCUCAUUUUGAGCAUUUUUGUCGUAAGCUCACUGAUUCCUAUGCAUCAGUACGUAUUGUUACUGGACCACUUUAUUUGCCUAAGAAGGACAGUGACGGAAAAUGGCGUGUCAGUUAUGAGGUAAUUGGAAAUCCUCCAAAUAUUGCAGUACCUACCCAUUUUUUUAAGAUCAUUGUCGGUGAGAACCCGUCUCCCGCAUUAGGAUCCCCCAAGGGAGUCGCAAUUGGCGCGUUUGUUCUUCCUAACGAGAAAAUUGAUAACAACACUCCAUUAAAGAGCUUUUAUGUUCCCAUUGAGUCUGUUGAGAGGUCGACGGGUGUGGAGUUCCUGCCAUUACUACCAGCAUCCGAACGCCGUGAUCUGUGUCGCGAGGUUAAGUGUGAAAUCACUGUCCGCGAAUUUGUAAAGGCACUUCCGGCUCCACGAGAACAACUUGCUCUGCCUCCACCAAGAAAAUAA